CUAACAUUGAUUUUCCAAAUGCUUUUUUGCGGCUUUUAAAUUAAUUGGACUGCAAUGGGAGACGUUGAAAUUUUCGUGAGCGAUUCUCGUUUGUUUUCAGUCAUUCAAUCGAAUUCCGAAGUUUUUUUAUUAACUGAUGAAAUCUCUCAUCGGCUGAUUUUUUUUCAACGUAAUGAAGUACUCGGUUAAUUGAUUGGCACAAUUCGGAUUUUUGUUUGGAAUAAUGCAAAGACCAGGGACCAUGGAAAAUUGUAACAGUCCAUUUGUUUUUCAAAUUAUCAGCGUUGGACCGAGGCACGAAAACGAGUUUGAGGUGAAGAUGCUCCUGUCGGAAGUGGUCGACCUGUCGACGCUGAAAAUAACUGUCAAAUCCAAUAAUCUGCGGGUUGGAGUUCAGUGCAAUGCGCCACCAUUGGAGACCCGAAAAUCAUCACAACGGGAGGAGAAACACUCAGAGAAUUUUUUGGUUCCCGAGGAUUUCGAUGGAGAUAGGAUCCGGGCUAAUUACGACAUCAAUCAUCGAACACUCAUUAUUCAUGCGCCUAGACGAGAUUAUUAUGUUACUAAAUGAUUGCAUAAAUAAAGAU